AGGAAACAAACCAUGUUGUUUGCAGAUGUCAUAUCAUCUACAUCAAUCAGAAAAUCUGAUACGUGAUAAUCACUGGUAUGUGCUCCGCUUGUAUCUUCCGUCGCAGAAGGAGGGGACGACAGCAUUCGCGAAAAAGAAACUCAAGGAGCAAUCAAGGCUUCCAGGAUGCGUCGCGCCGUGCACUCGCAGGCGUUCAAGAGCCUCACGCGCCGCGCGCAGCAAGUGACAGCUCCUCGUGCUGCUUCAUACUCUCAGAUCCAGUCGCGUGCGCUGUUCCAGUCGCCUCAGACGCUGCGUACGUUCUCCACUGCCGCUCCCAAGGCUUCGGAGGAAGAUGCUAGUGUCCCGGUGCAGGUUGUGGAGGAGGCUGCGGCUGAGGAAGAAGACGAGGACGAUAUUGGUCGCCAUCUGAAGCCACGCGAGGUCGUGGAGCAGCUUAACAAGUACAUUGUGGGCCAGGCCGACGCCAAACGCGCUGUGGCCAUCGCGCUGCGCAAUCGUUGGCGUCGCCAGAAGAUCUCAGACGAGCUGCGCCAAGAGGUGAGCCCUAAAAACAUUCUGAUGAUCGGUCCUACGGGGUGUGGCAAGACGGAGAUCGCUCGUCGCCUAGCCAAGCUGUCCGAGGCUCCGUUCGUCAAAGUGGAAGCCACCAAGUUUACCGAGGUGGGUUUCCACGGCCGCGACGUGGACCAGAUCAUCCGUGACCUCGUGGAAAAUGCCAUCAACAUGGUUAAGAAGCACCGCAAGGAGCGUCUACGCAAGCAGGUGCAGCACCUAGUUGAGAGCCGCAUCUUGGACGUGCUCACUGGUGCCAACGUAGCGGAGCGUUCACGCGCCACAUUCGAGCGUCUGCUACGUACCGGAGAGCUGGAAGACCGUAUUAUCGAGUUUGAUGUCCCUGUGUCCAAGAACCCUGGCGGUCAGCCUAUCUCGUUCGUCGGAGGCGAAGGAAAAGGUAUCUCCAUGGAAGUAUUUGGCCGAGCAUUCGGAGAGAAGAAGACGGAACGCAAACGCAUGACGAUUGCCGAGUCCCGUGAAGUUUUCGAAGAGAUGGAGAUGGAGAACGCCAUCGACAUGACGGAUGUCGUGCGUGAAGCUAUCCAGGAGACUGAGGAGAACGGUAUCGUGUUCAUCGAUGAGAUCGACAAGAUCUGCUCUAGUGGAGACUACCGUCGCUCUUCGGACCCCAGCAGCGAAGGUGUGCAGCGUGACCUGUUGCCUCUGAUUGAAGGCAGUGUGAUCUCUACGAAACACGGCAACGUUAACACGGACCACAUCCUGUUUGUCGGCUCUGGAGCUUUCCACUCGUCCAAGCCGUCGGAUCUGCUUGCUGAGCUUCAGGGUCGUCUGCCUAUUCGUGUUGAGCUGAAGGGACUGACUGAGGAAGACCUGCACCGUAUCCUAACGGAACCCGUGACGAACCUCAUCAAGCAGCAGACUGAGCUUAUCCAGACGGAGGGCGUUACCUUGAACUUUACUGACGAUGCUGUUCGCGAGAUCGCUCGUGUCGCUGCGGAAGUUAACAAGACAGUUGAGAACAUUGGUGCUCGACGUCUGCACACUGUGGUGGAGAAGGUGGUGGAGGAAAUUAGCUUUGACAGUUCCGAGAUGGCGCCGGGCUCCACUGUCACGAUCACGAAGGAGUUCGUGCUUGAACGUGUCGGCAAACUCAUGAAGAAGACGGACCUCUCCAAGUUUAUUUUGUAGACUCAUGGAAGCUGCCAGCUCUCCUCUGACCGAAUAAUGGAAGACGAACAUGUGUCCUAACGGUUCAAGUCUCUAUUUGCACGCUAUGUUAUGGUUACCAGAUCUCGAUCUCCUCCUGAAUACGCUGCAGUUCUUGUUUGUGUAGCACUGUAGUGCUACUGCCUUGCCGAAGGCCGUCACGAGCGAUCAUGGUCUGUAACUCAAGGUUGUGUUGAAGAGCGGUGUCGUAAGCUGCAUCCAAAUCCUCCAUAAGAGCAUCGAUAGCUUUCUCUGCAUCUUCAGGGUCCACUUUGGUGUUGUCCUCUUCGUCUUCGUCAGGAGCGACAAACGCCGUGCUGUCUGGCGUCAACAUGUCGUCGUCAUGUGAAAACUCACACACUUGACGCUGGUUGGAGCUGCGGUGACUAGUGUAGCAGUAGCGAAGCCCAAGUGGGCUCUCCACCCAAGCCGGCAAUUGGGUCCAGCCUGCGUCGGACUCCGUUGCUAAACUGGUAGCAAUUGCGGCUUCAGUUGCUAGAGUUGAGUGGUUUCUAAUACCCUUACUUGACCUCAAUGUAGUCAGCAAACGUUCUAGCAAAUCGGUUUGAUCUUCUGCGGCUUCAUUAGCCUUGAGGUUCUCGGCAAGAGCAAGCAUUUCAGCUCCACAUUGGCACAAAUCUUCAAUUGGGCCGAUUUGAAGCUUUAUCCUCGCACGGUAUUCGCUGCUCACCAUGAACUUAAUCCAGUGUAGCGUCAUGUCCACUUCAUUCUGCUGUAAAGCAUUUAUGCUCUGUCCAUCUUGUGUGGUUUCUUCUCCCUCCUCUUCGCUUUGUCGA